UCCCUUGGAUAAAUACCUAGUGCUACAAUUGCUGGGUCAUAGGGUAGUUCUGUUUUUAAUUUUUUGAGGAACUUCCAUACUGUUUUCUAGAGUGGCUGCACCAGUUUGCAUUCCCACCAACAAUGCAAAAGAGAUCCUUUUUCUCCACAUCCUCACCAACGUCUGUUAUUGCAUGAGUUGUUAAUGCUAGCCAUUCUGACAGGUGUGAGGUGUUAUCUCAGUGUGGUUUUGAUUUGUAUUUCCCUGAUGAUGAGUGAUAUUGAGCAUUUUUUCAUGUAUUGGUUGGCCAUCUGGAUGUCUUCUUUGGAAAAAUGUCUGUUAUUGUCUUUUGCCCAUUUCUUCACUGGAUUAUUUGUUUUUUGGGUAUUGGGUUUGAUAAGUUCUUUAUAGAUUUUGGAUACUAGCCCUAAUCCUAACCCUAACCCUAAAUUCUUUAUAGAUUUUGGAUACUAAUCUGUUACUUUGUUUGCAAAUACCUUCUCCCAUUCUGUCAGUUGCCUUUUAGUUUUGCUGAUUGUUUCCUUCGCUGUGCAGAAGCUUUUUAUUUUGAUGAGGUCCCAGUAGUUCAUUUUUGCUUUUGUUUCCCUUACCUCUGGAGACGUGUUGAGUAAGAAGUUGCUGCAGCCAAGAUCAAAGAGGUUGUUGCCUGCUUUCCCCUCAAGGAUUUUGAGGGCUUCCUGUCUUACAUUUAGGUCUUUCAUCCAUUUUGAGUUUAUUUUUGUGUAUGGUGUAAGAAAGUGAUCGAGGUUCAUUCUUCUGCAUGUCACUGUCCAGUUUUCCCAGCACCACUUGCUGAAGAGACUGUCUUUAUUCCAUUGGAUAUUCUUUCCUGCUUUGUCAAAGAUUAGCUGGCCAUACGUUUGUGGGUCCAUCUCUGGGUUCUCUGUUCUGUUCCAUUGAUCUGUGUGUCUGUUCUUAUGCCAGUACCAUACUGUCUUGAUGAUUACAGCUUUGUAAUACAGCUUGAAGUCCGGGGUAGUAAACAACUCUUGCUCUUGGGCUGUGGGUUUGAGCUCCACAUUGGGUGUAGAGAUUACUUUAAAAAAAUCUUCUAAAAAAAAUAAUAGAUUAUGCCUUAACUCCUAAACAAAAGUUCAAGAUUUUUUGUAAGAACUUUACAAAUGGAGGAAGCAGGGUAUGAUCUUAUCCAUACUGAGGUUAUCUUUCAAUCAUUCAAUAAACACUUGUGGGCCAUUCAUUAAGCAAUCACUGAACACAAGGAGCUAGUUUAGUGAGGGAAGGACAGUAUUUAUGCAAACAAGAACUUGCAGCAGACUGUAGUAUGAUGUCAAGAGUAUCAAUUACAUGCUUAUGGGAUCACAUAGUUGAGUACCCAGCCCAGAUAGUGAGGAUCAGGAAAAGCUUGAAGGAUGAGUUGGCAGUAGGUAAAAAAUUGAGGAAGGCUAUUUGCAGCCAGUGCAAUGAGAUGCAUAAAAUAAAAGACGAGGAAGUAUGUCUGGCAUAUUCCUGGAACCAAAAAUACUUCGGGUGCAGCUAGAAAAGAGAUGAGUCUAGAGAAUUGUAGUGUGGUGACCGUUGGUCAGGCAGUCUGUGGGACCAGUCUGCUGCCGUGCUGCCGCCAUGAUUAUACCUAUGUGCUACGUCACUUGUGGCAAGAUGGCGGGCAACAAGUAGGAGGCCUAGCUGGGGUUGCUGCGGGUCUUGGAGACUGAGGGCGCCCUGGACUCACUGGGCCAGUGCUGCACGCUACUGUCUCACGCUGAACUGAUGGAGAAGCUGCUCAAUUCUGCAUCCCUGGAGAAGUAACCGUGCUAGAGCCUCCUGCCUCCUGCUGACCACGGGCAGUCAGGGUUGUGCCUGGAGUUCAUUCCACUGAGGUAGAAGAGCUGGGAGCAAUGCCUGACCACAGCCACGUGGCACUUCUUGAACCCCUACUGUGUACCAAACAAUGGAAAUACAACAUGAAGAACCUUCAGCUCCCAGUCUGAAGAAGGGGCAAGCAACCAGCCUCUGCCAUGCAAGAACAGAUAUGGUGCAGGAGAUCCAUUUCUACCCAAUGAGCUACAAUUUCUGCCACUGGAAAGUUUCCAGCCUGGGGGUUGGGGGGGGGGGAUAAGGCAGCUACAAAGUCAAACCCUAUGUGCCAAAGAGACAAAAACAUAAAUGCUGUGGGACUUUGAGAGAGAGAGCAGGAAGAUGCUUUCCCAAAUGGAGAAUAUUGGCCUCCAAGACUUUACAAAUCCAAGUGAGAAAUAACCCCUACUGUCUGGGUAGGAAAAAAGGAACAAAAUACUUUGGGCCUCUUUGUGAUAGAGGCUUCCAGCACCAAGACUUAACAUUUGGACAAUAUCAAGUAAGUAUUCCAUUUCUCUCUAAGUAUCUUGCACUUAUUAUGCUAAAGUUAACCCUACCUAAAAUAAAAUCCACAAGGAUGCUCAUUUUGUUUACUCUACCCUCACCUGCCAUGUUACAAAGAGGAAGCAACCCAAGACAUUGUUCUAGGCUGCUGAAAACAAUUCCAUUUCCUUCCUGUUGGAUGCUUUUUUUUUUUUCUUAAUACAACAUGCAAUUAUGGGAGUUUUUUCCCCAAAUAGAUUUGUGCUCUAAAACUUCAUACCUCCCAGAGGAACAUUAAGAACCCCCUGCAGAUGAAGGCAACCAAGAAGUGUGCAUUUAGAGAAGGUGGUUUGC